AUGUCCGACGUCCUCUCCUUGAACUGCGCCCUCGUCACCGGCGGCGGCGGUGGCAUCGGCAAAGCCCUGGCCGCAUACCUGCUAUCCAAAGGCAAAAAAGUUAUCAUCGCCGGCCGCACCGAGGAGACCCUGCGCGCAACAGCUACGGAAAUCGGCGCAACAGACUACUUCGUCCUCGACACAGGCGUAACCACCAAGAUCCCCGAGUUCAUCGAGACCAUCACAGCAAAGUACCCCGACCUCGACUGCCUAAUCAACAACGCCGGCGUGCAGCGCCCCCUCUCCGUGCUAAACGACGACCCAGCAACCUUCCUAUCCAAAGCAGACCAGGAAAUCGACAUCAACGUCCGCGGCCCAAUGCAUCUAACGCUCGGACUCCUCGAACACUUCAGGCGUCUCCCCAACGGCGCCGUCAUCAUGAACGUCUCCUCGAUCCUGGCGUUCGUGCCCUUCUCCGUCAUCAACCCCGUGUAUAACGGCACGAAAGCCUGGCUGCAUUUCUGGUCGAUGACGCUGCGCACGCAGCUGUGCCGCGGGGGGUACGAGAAGAUCCGGGUUGUUGAGAUUGCGCCGCCGUCUGUGGGGACGGAUUUGCAUCGGGACCGCGAGGACCCGGAUGAUAAUAAGAAGGACAAGAAUCCGAAUGCGUUGAGCGUUGAGGAGUUUAUGGAGUCUGUUGCUGGGAGCCUGGAGAAGGGCGAGACUGUGAUUGCGCCGGGGAUGAGUCGGGAUAUUGUGGAGAAGUGGUAUGCGGAGUUUGGGGCGACGUAUGAGCGCUUGGCGAAAUGA